AUCACACUGCUGAGGUAUUUGAUGAUGGAUCAUCUAAUAUACCUAAAACAAAUACACGUUAUUCUUCUGAAUAUCUAGCUAAUGAUUUAUCAGAAUAUCGCUAUGAUAAUAAAACAGAACAACAACAUAUAGAAGGUACUAAUCGUAAUAUUGAGGAGGCGGCUUAUCCUGCUGAAGCAUAUGAUGUUUCCGAUUGUGAACAUCAACUUUUUGAAUCCUCUUUUUGCUCUUCUGAAUAUGACUUAAACAACAGUGAAAAGGGUAAAAGUCGUAGUGAUCUUGACUCAAAAACGGAAAGUCCCUAUGGAUCAUGCACUCCAAAUAACGUGAUUAAUGAUUCUAAUAAAUAUGGUUUCGGUGUGGGUACAGGAAACGAUUGUUUCUCCAACAAAAAAAUUAAUUAUAGUUUGAAUUAUCCACAUACGCCUGGUGGUGGUAAUCAGCACUCACAAAAAAUUUAUACUGCAUGGAGUUCUGAUAACCUAAUCCCCGUAUCUAAGGAGGAAAUCGAGGACAUUUUCAUUGAUCUUACCAAUAAAUUUGGUUUUCAAAAAGAUAGUAUGCGCAACAUGUUUGAUAAUUUCAUGUGUAUAUUAGAUUCUCGUGCUUCUCGAAUGGCCCCAUCGCAGGCUUUGUUAACUCUUCAUGCUGAUUAUAUUGGUGGGGUGCAUGCUAACUAUCGCAAGUGGUACUUUGCAACUCAAAUGUAUUUAGAUGAUGCUCUCUCUGACGUAAGCAUUGGAAUUACUUUUCAAGAUCAAAAAAAUGUUAAUAUUUAUGAACAAUGGAACAAACGCAUGAACAGAAUGUCUCAGUAUGACCGUGUUCGUCAACUCGCAUUAUGGUUUUUAUUAUGGGGUGAAGCUGCUCAAAUUCGCUUUACCAGUGAAUGCUUGUGUUUUAUAUUUAAAUUGGCUGAUGAUUACGCCAAAAGUCCAGAAUAUAAAGCAAAAGUACUACCUGUUCCUGAAGGUGAAUAUCUUAAGAAUGUUAUUACUCCACUCUACAAAUAUAUUCGUGAUCAAAGUUAUGAAAUUAUUGAUGGAACUUUCGUCAAGAGAGAAAAGGAUCACGCUGAUACAAUCGGUUAUGAUGACAUAAAUCAAUUAUUUUGGUAUCCUGAGAGCAUCAAUCGUAUUGUGUUACAAGAUAAAGGAUCUCCUCUUAUGGCCCUACCUUCAAGUCAACGUUAUAAAAUGCUUUCCGAAGUAGAUUGGAAUCAUGUUUUUGAAAAGACUUAUAAAGAAAAGCGCACUUGGUUUCAUCUUGCCAUCAAUUUUACACGUAUAUGGAUUAUUCAUGUUGCUGUCUUUUGGUAUUAUACUGCUUAUAAUGCACCGUUCCUUUAUACAGACCCCGAAAAACCUGUGCUUGCUGUUCAAUUGUCAAUUGUAGCUCUUGGUGGUGCGGUGUCUACCUUGUUCAUGAUUGUUGGAUGCAUUUGCGAGUUCUUCUUUAUUCCUCUGAAUACUGAUAAUAUUUCAAUGUUAUCACGACGUAUAACAUUUUUGUUUAUCAUUCUGGUUAUUAAUGCUGCACCUACAUAUAUUGUCAUAAAAGCACGUACUACACAGAUAUCUUUGAUUAUUGGGAUAAUUCAACUUGUCAUUUCAUUAUUGACCACAUUAACUUUUGCAAUCAUUCCAAGUGCUAACUUAUUUGGUGGUCCAUCAAAAAGUUCUCAGAAAUAUCAAGCGUUUAAAACAUAUACUGCCAGCUAUCCUAUACUUAGUCGUACCGAUCGUGCAAUAUCAAUUGGUCUUUGGUGUUGUAUAUUUGGUUGCAAAAUGAUUGAGUCUUAUUUCUUCUUAUCACUUUCUUUUAAAGAUCCACUUAAAGCAAUGGUGAACAGUAGGGUUUUACAUUGUGGUGAUAGACUUGUUGGUGGAAUUAUUUGUUCUUAUAUGCCAGCCAAAUCAAAAGUUAUUAUUUCACAAGUUUGGAAUGCUAUUGUUAUUUCCAUGUAUAGAGAACAUUUAAUAUCUUCUGAUAAUGUACAGAGAUUACUAUACCAACAGAUCCUUUCUGACGAUGGAAAACGAAUUUUAAAAACACCUAUGCUCUUUACAUCCAAUAAAUCAUAUCAAGAAGAAUAUUUUCCAUCAUCGAGUGAAGCAGAACGUCGAAUAUUAUUUUUUGCACAAAGUUUAUCAACAUCAAUUCCGAAUCCUUUACCCGUACAAAAUAUGCCUACCUUCACCGUGUUAACACCUCAUUACUCUGAAAAAAUUCUUCUUUCACUUCGUGAAAUUAUUCGUGAAGAAGAUAAUAAUACUCGAGUAACUUUAAUUGAAUACCUGAAACAACUUCAUCCAAUUGAAUGGGAUAAUUUUGUUAAAGAUACAAAAUUCUUGGCAGAAGAACGUAACUUAAAGGCUAUUCAAAAUCAAUUUGGAAAUGAUUAUUCAAAGGAAAUAGAAAAUAAAAAGUUGGAUGAUUUGCCAUUUUAUUCUAUUGGUUUUAAAUCUUCUGCACCCGAAUUUACGUUACGUACUCGUAUGUGGGCUUCACUUCGUUCACAAACUUUAUAUAGAACAAUUUCCGGAUUUAUGAAUUAUUCAAAAGCGAUUAAACUUUUAUAUUCUGUUGAAAAUCCAGAAGUUUCUACAAUGUUUAAUAAUAAUUUAGAAAAACUUGAAGAAGAAUUAAAUUUCAUGGCUAAUCGCAAAUUCAAAUUUUUAGUUUCCAUGCAACAAUAUAACAAAUUUAGUAAUGAAGAAAAAGAAAAUGUAGAAUUCUUGUUACGUGUAUACCCGAACCUUCAGAUCGCUUACCUCGAAGAAAUUCCUUCUGAAAAUGAAGAAGAAUCAAAAAUAUUCUCUGUAUUAAUUGAUGGUCAUUGUGAGGUUUUACCUGAUGGCAAACGUAAACCAAAAUAUCGUAUUCAACUUCCUGGUAAUCCAAUACUUGGAGAUGGUAAAUCAGAUAAUCAAAAUCAUUCUAUCAUAUUUUGUCGCGGUGAAUAUCUUCAAUUGGUGGAUGCAAAUCAAGACAAUUACCUUGAAGAAUGUCUUAAAAUUCGUAAUAUCCUUGGAGAAUUUGAACAAUAUGAUAUGUCAACUACUUCACCAUAUUUGCCUACUGCUGAGAUUUCCAAUAAAGAUCCCGUAGCUAUUGUUGGUGCUCGUGAAUAUAUCUUUUCUGAGAAUUAUGGUAUACUUGGUGAUGUUGCAGCUGGUAAAGAAUGGACUUUUAGUGCUCUAACUCAACGCAUAACUGCAAGUGUAGGUGGUAGAUUGCAUUAUGGUCACCCAGAUUUCUUGAAUUUUAUAUUCAUGACAACUCGUGGUGGUAUAUCUAAAGCUCAAAAGGGUUUACAUCUUAAUGAAGAUAUUUACGCUGGUAUUAACGCAUUUAAUCGUGGUGGACGCAUAAAGCACGCAGAAUAUUAUCAAUGUGGCAAAGGCCGUGAUCUUGGUUUUAGUUCUAUCCUUCAUUUUACCACUAAAAUUAGUACUGGUAUGGGUGAACAAAUGUUGUCUCGAGAAUAUUAUUAUCUUGGAACACAACUUCCUUUGGAUCGAUUUUUGACUUUCUAUUAUGCACAUCCUGGUUUUCAUGUGAACAAUGUUUUUAUUAUGCUAUCGGUACAAUUAUUCAUGUUUGGUAUGAUGUUCAUUGGUUCAAUGGCUUCAACUUUGACUUUAUGUGAAUUUAAUCCGGACCCAACAGCUCCACUUAAUCCACCUGGAUGUCACAAUCUUUUCCCUGUCUUGGAUUGGAUUAAACGUUCAAUCAUCUCUAUCUUUAUUGUGUUUUUUGUGGCAUUUUUACCAUUAUUCCUACAAGAAUUGACAGAAAAAGGUUUCUUUCGUAGUAUAAUUCGACUUGGCAAACAUUUAAUGUCAUUAUCACCAUUCUUUGAAGUUUUUAAUACUCAGAUUUGUUCUAGUAGUAUAAUAUCAAAUCUUAACUUUGGUGGAGCUCGAUAUAUUGCUACUGGUAGAAGAUUUGCUACUUCUCGUAUCCCAUUUUCGAUUUUAUACUCUCGAUUUGCCGGUCCUAGUAUUUAUUUUGGAAUGAGAAUCUUGUUAAUUUUACUUUUUGUCACCAUGACAAUGUGGUUACCACAUCUUAUGUACUUUUGGGUUUCAGUCAUAGCUUUAUGUAUUUCCCCAUUCCUUUUUAAUCCACAUCAAUUUUCUUUUUCCGAAUUUAUUAUUGAUUAUCGAGAAUUCUUAAGAUGGAUGUCUCGUGGAAAUUCCAAAUCUCAUACCAAUUCUUGGAUCGCUUAUUGUCGUGCAUCUAGGACAAUGAUUACUGGUCAUAAACGAAAACGAUUGGGUCAUCCUCAUCCUUCAGAGAACUUAGUUGAUAUUCCUAGACCAAAUUUUGCAGUUAUUUUUGUAUCAGAAAUCUUAUCACCAUUCAUAUUAGCAGCACUUUGUAUAAUAGCUUUUAUGUUUGUAAAUAGUUUUGAUCGUUUAAAUCCUGGAACUCCAAACAAAGGACCAAGUGCUCUCAUACGUGUUUGUAUAAUAGCUAUCGGACCAAUUAUAAUGAAUGCUAUAGCUCUUGCUGGUCUCUUCUUUAUCUCAUUUUGUCUUGGACCUAUAAUGAAUAGAUGUUUUACCAAAUUUGGAUCAAUCAUAGCAGCUAUUGCACAUACUUGGGCAGUUCUUAAUUUGAUUGGAGCUUUUGAACUUUUAUGGUUCAUUGAAACUUGGAAUUUAAGUCAUGCAGUAUUAGGAAUGAUUGCUUUAACAGCUAUUCAACGAUUUAUUU